UGAUUAGUAGUAAAACUAGCCUAAGUAGCAAUACUAUGACGACAACAAUAAGCAAGCAAGAACUACAACAACAGCAGCAGCAGCAGCAGCAUCAGGCCAUCACCAUCCGCAGCAGCUCGAUGACAGUCGCAGGAGGAGGAGCAGGACCAGGAGCAGCAGCAGCAGCAGGAGCGACACCUCUUCCCUCUCAGUCACAAUUUGACACGCUCAACAACAACUACGGCAGCAGCCUCACUAAUACCAAUACCAAUACCAAUACGAACAUCAGCGAGACACCGCCACGUCGCUCCCUGCUCAACUUCAAGUCCCUGGACUUUCACAUCAAGUCCCUCUACAGCGGACUGCGCACCGGCAGCACAAGCCCCGGCAAUGCGAACAGCUCUCCGGGUGGUGUCCAGGUGCUAGCGCCGGACGGAGGCCAGCGACGGAUGCCGUAUCUGCGCAUCGAGAGCGUCGAUCCAGACGGAGAGCCGUGCGCGGGACCAUCCUCCAGACGAGAGUCGGUUGUGGGUCAGCGAUUGGUCUCGCCCAGCCUCCUCUCUCCAUACAGCGGCGGAGGUGCAGGUGGUGGAGUGGGAGGGGGUGGAACAGGAGCCAGCCUGCUGAUGCCCUCAUCGGAUGGUUCAACCAUACGCCGCUCCUCCACCUCCGACAUUGUGGCCUGCCGUCGUGGCGGCGGAUCCCAGGACAGUCGCCGGCCCAGCACCUCGGAUCUGCUGCGGCGGGCCAGGGAGAGGCGGGGCAGCGAGGCCCGCAUGGGGCGCAGUGUCUCGCACGGCGGACUGACGCGAGGUGGUGGCUCCUUUGGCGGGGGCCUGGGUGGAAGACGCACCAGCAUGGCCUUCUAAAUGAGAGAAGCGAAGCGAGGCAGGAGAUCAAAUCAGAAAUCGGCUGACUAAAUGGCGCUUAUGAAUUUUUAUCUAGAGAAAAAACAAAACAAAAAUAUCAGCGUGUAAGAAAACAAUUUUUUUUCCGUCGAUCUAUCAUUAUUAUUGUUAUACUUAUAAUUGUUAUUCCUCGAAUGAAGAGAACUCAAGUUAAAAACUUCAAAAUGCGUAUUGUAGAUUAAUGGAUGGCAAGACGAAAAGCUGAAACGAACAUAACAUCAAUCUAUCUAUCUAUCUACCCCUAUCAGUCAGUCAAUCUAUUCCCCGUUUCUGCCGGCACUUUCAUCUAAUGUGCACACCUUGAACAUUGAAUCUCUCAACCCAUCUAUCUGUCUCUCAAUCUAUAUAUUUCUUUGUUUCACUGCUCUACGGCCCCCCCGCUCAUAGCAUCGUCCCCAAACUUUUAUGACAAUAUUAGAUCCUAACUAUCGUAAACUAUCGUAUGGCAAAGCAAAGCGAAGCUAGGCAAAGAAUUUCCGCUCUCAAUCUCAAUCGCAAUCUCGUUUCGGUUUUCGAAGAAGGUAGGGAGUGAAGUGGAGUAUCGACCCCAUAAUUACCCUAUGUGACAGUCAUAUCAAGCGAAACCCAAAAGCAACCUAAGUGCAUAAGAAAAACAAAAGAAGAGUCCUUUUGAUUAAUCAAUUAGUAAGCUAAAAGAAACUUUAAAGGAUGGCUGGAUGUUUGGAUGGUUGGACGGAUGAUGCCUCAUUGCAGGAUCGAUAACAAUUUCAGCUAAUAAAAAAAUUCAACUAAUAACAAAAAAGCAAAUACAACUAACACAAUGAACAAUUCAAAUCAAAUCUUAUUAUAUAGAGAACAUUAAUAUUAUGAAAUUAUAAUUAUGAUGUAGUUAAAGGAGCAGCAGCAACAUUCAAGCAAGAACAAAAAUGUUUUUUUUUGUUGAAACAAACCAAAAAAUUAUUAUACAAAAUGCCUUUCAUAGCAGAUGCAACAGAAGCAACAAAGUAUAUAUUUUAAAUAAAUGCAGUAUAUACUAAAUAGAUAUAUAUACACACACACACACACACACACACACACACAUGCAUAUGCCUAGGUAUUGUGAGGAAAUGGAAAAGCAGGAAGGCAGCAGCAAAUUGUUAUUGAUUGCAUCCCAAUAUCCCAUACAUAGACAUAGCCCCCAAACUCCCCCCCCCCCCAAAAAAAAAGCGAAAAACUGAAAUUAUUAUAUAGAAAAGUACAUAUUGUAUGUACAUAUGUAGGAGCCCGAUCCCAUGUAACUAUUUUAUCAUCAUUAUCGAGUACAUAAAGUCUUUCUCACAUACGGACUGUGAUUUCAUGUAAAAGUAAAGUAAAACUAAAUGAAUUAAUUAUAUUAAUGAAGAAUUCAAUAAAUUACAUAUUGUAUAACUUAAGCUAAGUUCAUUAGAGAACAAAUACACACACACACCCACACACACACACUCGUGCAAAUAUUAAGAAAACAAAGAGAACAAAAGCAAAAGCGGAAACUAAAUAGCAAUUUUUCAAAUCGAAUGCCAUUAGACAUACUCGUACAUAUACUCGAAACUCUACUCUACAAUUAAUUAAUCAAAUGCGAUUGCCUUAAUAAUGAAUAAUACCAAACAAAAGUGUGAAAGAGAACAAAAAAAAAAAGGAAAGUGACAGUGAAGAGCUGGUCGGGGGGACGGUGUUCCUCAAAUUUCGAAAUAUAUUAUAUCGUACACCCAUUGCAUCCGAUCCUUGCACUGUUGCUUGAUAAAACGCCCCACACGCAGAUACAAUUGGUUCAAAUCCAUCAGAUACACACACGCAGAAGUAUUUAUAUAUACUUAUGAGAAUGAUUGCAUUUUUUAGUAAGUAGUUAAUCCGUCCUGUCCUCGACAAAAAGGCCAGAAAGAAGGAAAGAAAGACAAGUGGUCGCUGCUGCUUAACCGAUAACCGUUUCGCUCGUUAGACUGCUUAACUUUAACCGUUAACCGCUAGACUCGUAAUCGCUAGCAGAGUAACAGUACAAUUACGAUGCUGUACUGGUACAGUGCGUUUCGAGGCUUCAAGACUGUUGUCAAGCUCAACCAAUUACUGAAUCCAGAUCCAGUCAGACGACAACUAGCAUUUACUCAACUUUUGUGAUGAACAAACCCUCUCUUUCUAAGAUUCGUUCACCCCUCCCUCAAAAAGGGUGAACGGUUAAGUGUGUACAGUCGCCACAAAAUAUCGUACUGGGAUCGGUCGGCUAGCAGCGUCACAGCAUCCAUCAAUUGUGGAACCAGAAAGCAAUAAUGCGAAACCAAUGCUGAAUAUUGUUCAACCAACGAAUUGAUACACGUACACACCAACGCAUACAUACACACAUACACCGCCCCCCACACACACACACACACACACACAUAUAUAGAUUUCGGCACAUUUCGAAGAAUUAUUGAGAAUUAUUUGAGGCCGUUGUUAUCGCAGCUAUUCUUGAGUCAGGAUUCUACAGGACUCUAGGGCCCGUAGCUAGUAAAAAUUAAUAAGAGUAUGCAUCCCAUGUACGGGUGAGCGUAUGCCUAAUUGUAUCCAAAAACACCUACAAUAUACAGACACGGGAUGUACGACAAAAACAACAGAAAUGUUCUAAGCAAAUGCAAACAGAAAAACUAAUAAUUAUAAUAAUAAUAAAAAGAACCGUAACAGAAAGUAUUAAGCGAGAGCGAGACAGCAAUAUAAAUGAGAGAGAUGGGAGAUUAUACUCCAGUGAAUAAAUCUAGUCUACAAAUUUUACUUGACUUAAACAAAAAAAAAAAAAA